UUUUUUUACUUCUCCGCUAUUUUCUAUUUCAUCCUUUUCUCCCCCAUUCCACUCCACACUCUUCUCUUUCUUUCUCUUCUCAUCAUCAUCUCUAUUCUAGCAUCUCUUCAUUUGGUUGUGCAAGUGGUUCAUUCCUCAUCUGUACAUAACAACCUCUUACCUCCUCUUCUGCUCCACUCUCCUCUCUUUUAUUCCCUCUUUCCUAUUUUCUCCUUCUAAACCCCUCCAAUUGCUCAACGCAUAAUGUUUGCAAGGAUCCCCGCCAGAGCUGUCGCUAGGGCUAUCCCCUCCAGAACACUUGCUGCCACAUCCGUCAAGGCAUUCGCAACAUCUGCUGUGUCAAAGGAUAUUUCUGCUACUUCUAAGAAGGAUCGAAUCAAGGUCAACUUCCCUGGUGCACUUGACAGUCAUUUCUCACAGAAGCUCGAGAUCCGCGAGAGGAUGGAGCCCAUUGACACAUUCCGUGUAAUGGACACAGAUGGAAAGGUCCUUGAUCCCUCUUUGGAACCUGAUGUCACUGAAGAGUUUGCUAUCAAGAUCUACAAGGACAUGUUGACCCUCAACAAUGUGGACUUGAUCUUGUAUGAAGCCCAGCGUCAGGGACGUAUCAGUUUCUACAUGACCAAUGCUGGAGAGGAGGCUUAUAUUGGAAGUGCCGCUGCUUUGGAUCCUGAGGAUGAAAUCUUCGGACAGUAUCGUGAAGCUGGAACAUUGCUGUACCGUGGAUUCACUUUGGAUCAAUUCAUGAAUCAAUGUUACUCUAAUGACUUGGACCUUGGUAAAGGCAGACAGAUGCCAGUUCACUUUGGAUGCAAGGCUCUUCAUUUCCAGACUAUUUCUUCCCCCUUGGCGACUCAAUUGCCUCAGGCUUCGGGCGCUGCCUAUGCGAUCAAGCGUUCUGGUCGUAAGAACUGUGUCAUGUGCUACUUUGGAGAGGGUGCUGCCUCUGAGGGUGAUUUCCAUGCUGCCUUGAACAUUGCGGCCACCACCUCUUGCCCCGUCAUCUUUUUCUGCCGCAACAAUGGUUUCGCCAUUUCGACACCUGCAAAUGAGCAGUACAAGGGUGAUGGUAUUGCUAGCCGUGGUGUUGGUUACGGUAUGCACACGAUCCGUGUGGAUGGUAACGAUGUCUGGGCAGUUUAUAAGGCUACACAGGAAGCUCGCAAGAUUGCAGUCGAACAACACAAGCCUGUUUUGAUUGAAGCCAUGACAUACCGUGUGGGUCAUCACUCGACCUCAGAUGAUUCCUCUGCUUACCGUUCCAAGAAGGAGGUUGAGGAUUGGAAGCGUCAUGAUAACCCGAUUGUGAGGAUGCGUAAAUGGUUGGAGAACAAGGGUUGGUGGGACGAGACCAAGGAAUCGAGCCACAAGUCAUUUGCUCGGUCACAGGUCUUGAAGAGCUUUGCGGCGGCCGAGAAGCGCAAGAAGCCUCCAGUGUCAGAGAUGUUUAAUGAUGUCUAUGACAAGUUGACACCCAAUUUAAUCGAGCAGAAAAAGGAACUUGAAGAGUUGAUCAAGAAGUAUCCAGAUCAUUAUGAUACUUCCAACUAUGCUCCUGAGAAGUAAAACAUUGACAAAAAGGGAAAGGUGAAUGGGUGCAAAUACCUGUUCAAGAGGGGAGAGAAGAUCAUUUAUACAGCUAUUUCGAAUUGACUUCCAU